UAGAGUCUGGGCUUUACAAGAGCCCACUUGAGGAAAUAAGUCUCUCCCCCGUUCGGUUGAAAAACCCCAAAUUCCUAAUUUUGUGAGGCAAUUAGGGUUUGUGAGUCUCCAAACUCACCACUUACAGAGCAUGCCUGCGUUUAUUCUCAGUUAAAGCAGCAGGGUAAAGGGUGCAUUGGAGUGCAGUAGCUACAGUUCGAAGUUCAUUGUACUUUGAAGUUGUUGAGAAUCCAGGUGUUUGGAUGAACCCCUCGUAAAUGGAGGAAUCGCCUCUUGGAAAACGGAAGGCGCCUGAAAAUAGUUUGGAGGUCUCGGAAACGCCCAAGGAAGAGUAUGAAUCCAAAAAGCGGAACUUGGCACGAACAUGCCUACACGAGGUUGCUGCUCCAGGUGGAUACACAUCAUCCAAAGAUGGGUCCAUUCACGGCACACUCAAUGAUCCUGUUUACAAUGGGAAGAUGGCAAAAACCUAUCCUUUUACUCUUGACCCAUUCCAACAAGUGUCAGUUGCAUGUUUGGAACGCAAUGAGUCGGUUUUGGUUUCUGCACAUACUUCAGCUGGGAAAACUGCUGUUGCUGAGUAUGCCAUUGCAAUGGCCUUUAGAGAUAAGCAAAGGGUUAUAUACACUUCACCACUGAAAGCUCUAAGCAACCAGAAGUAUAGAGAACUAACCCAGGAGUUCUCUGAUGUUGGGUUGAUGACAGGUGAUGUUACACUGUCACCGAAUGCCAGUUGUUUAGUUAUGACAACAGAGAUUCUCAGGGGAAUGCUUUACAGGGGUUCUGAAGUGUUAAAAGAGGUUGCCUGGGUUAUAUUUGAUGAAAUACAUUAUAUGAAGGAUCGGGAAAGAGGGGUUGUUUGGGAAGAGAGUAUUAUAUUCUUGCCGCCAGCUAUUAAGAUGGUCUUCCUUUCAGCAACAAUGUCCAAUGCUACUGAGUUUGCUGAGUGGAUAUGUAAUUUGCACAAACAGCCAUGUCAUGUUGUAUAUACUGAUUUUCGACCAACACCUUUGCAGCACUAUGUGUUCCCUAUGGGUGGGGCAGGAUUGUAUCUUGUUGUGGAUGAGAAUGAGCAGUUUAGGGAGGAAAGUUUUAUGAAACUGCAGGAUACCUUUGCAAAACAGAAGCUGGGUGGUGGUAACAAGAGUGCAAAUGCUAAAGGGAGUGGCAGAAGUGCUAGGAGUGGGAACGCCUCAGGUGGUUCUGACAUAUACAAGAUUGUCAAGAUGAUCAUGGAAAGGAAAUUUCAACCAGUUAUAAUUUUCAGCUUUAGUAGAAGAGAAUGCGAACAACAUGCGAUGUCUAUGGCAAAGCUCGAUUUUAAUACCCAAGAGGAGAAGGAUGUUGUGGAGCAGGUUUUCCAAAAUGCCAUACUCUGCUUAAGUGAAGAAGAUAGAAACUUACCUGCUAUUGAGCUGAUACUGCCACUGCUUAAAAGAGGCGUUGCUGUUCAUCAUUCAGGACUUCUGCCUAUUAUUAAGGAGUUGGUUGAACUUCUCUUCCAAGAAGGCCUUGUAAAAGCCCUUUUUGCAACAGAGACAUUUGCUAUGGGUUUGAACAUGCCCGCAAAAACUGUUGUUUUUACCAGUGUAAAGAAAUGGGAUGGAGACAGUCAUCGUUAUAUCGGAUCUGGUGAGUAUAUCCAGAUGAGUGGAAGAGCUGGACGUCGUGGCAAAGAUGAGCGAGGUAUCUGUAUUAUUAUGAUUGAUGAACAGAUGGAGAUGAAUACCCUCAAGGACAUGGUCUUGGGUAGACCAGCGCCAUUGGUCAGUACUUUUAGACUGAGCUAUUAUUCAAUUUUGAACUUAAUGAGCCGCGCUGAAGGACAGUUUACUGCUGAGCAUGUUAUCAAGAAUUCAUUUCAUCAGUUUCAGUAUGAGAAGGCUUUACCUGAUAUAGGGAAAAAAGUUUCAAACCUUGAAGAGGAAGCUGCCUUGCUUGAUUCCUCAGGAGAGGCUGAGGUUGCUGAAUAUCAUAAGUUAAAGCUUGAUAUGGUCCAGCUUGAGCAGAAGAUGAUGGCAGAGAUAACUAGGCCUGAAAGAGUUCUUUAUUUUCUUCUCCCUGGUAGGCUGGUUAAGGUGAGGGAAGGUGGCACAGACUGGGGUUGGGGAGUCGUUGUUAACGUUGUUAAAAAGCCCCCAGCACCACUAGGCAGUUUGCCUGCUGCACUAUCUUCUUCACGUGGUACUAGCUAUAUUGUGGAUACUUUACUUCAUUGCUCUCUUGGUUCAAGUGAAAACGGUUCUCGACCAAAACCAUGCCCACCCCGUCCUGGAGAAAAGGGUGAGAUGCAUGUGGUUCCUGUUCAGUUGUCUCUAAUUUCUGCUCUUAGCAAACUCCGAAUAUCAAUUCCUUCUGAUCUUCGGCCAUUAGAAGCCAGGCAAAGUAUACUUCUUGCCGUACAGGAGCUUGAAAAACGUUUCCCUCAAGGCCUUCCUAAGCUUAAUCCUGUGAAGGAUAUGGGCAUUGAAGAGCCAGAAUUUGUUGAGUUGGUCAAUCAAAUUGAAGAACUGGAGAAAAAAUUAUUUCGGCACCCACUUUACAAGUCCCAAGAUGAAACUCAGAUUAGAAGUUUUCAGAGGAAAGCAGAAGUGAAUCAUGAAAUUCAACAACUAAAAACAAAAAUGCGAGAUUCUCAGCUUCAAAAGUUCCGUGAUGAACUUAAGAAUCGUUCACGGGUUCUUAAAAGGCUUGGCCAUAUAGAUGCUGAUGGUGUUGUCCAGCUAAAGGGACGGGCAGCCUGCUUGAUAGAUACAGGAGAUGAACUCCUUGUUACAGAAUUGAUGUUCAAUGGUACCUUCAAUGAUCUUGAUCAGCAUCAGAUAGCAGCUCUUGGAAGUUGCUUCAUUCCAGGAGAUAAAUCGAGCGAACAAAUACAGUUAAGAGCAGAGCUUGCUAAACCAUUGCAACAGCUGCAAGAUAGUGCAAGAAGAAUAGCAGAAAUUCAACGUGAAUGCAAAUUGGAAGUAAACGUGGAUGAAUAUGUGGAGGCAGCUGUUAGACCAUACUUGAUGGAUGUCAUUUACUGUUGGUCGAAGGGAGCAUCUUUUGCAGAGGUUAUACAAAUGACUGAUAUCUUUGAGGGCAGUGUAAUACGACUUGCUAGAAGGCUUGAUGAAUUUUUGAACCAGCUGCGAGCUGCUGCUCAUGCCGUGGGGGAACUUGAUUUAGAGAAGAAGUUUGCAGCAGCCAGCGAAAGCCUUCGCCGCGGUAUUAUGUUUGCUAAUUCCUUAUAUUUGUAAGCAUCUGUGGAAGGAUGCUCAUGUAUGUUUUUUAGCUUUCAAGUUUCCUUCAGUGUAGCUGUGUCCCAUGCAGCUCCAAAUGCUGCAGUUAGCUCUUCAGGCAUGUCAGAAAUGAUUUUUGAUCUCAUUAGGCGUUCUCUUUUAUUGUUCAUCUGUUGAUAGUAGUUCAUUGUUCUUUC